GCCGGUGCGGAAGGUUAUGAAAGCAUGACAUGUUGCUAGCGGUGGUAUCGUGGUCCUCUUCACCACUGUUUAAUUGAAUUCGUCGUUGUUGUUUUUUUAAUUUUUUUUAUGCACACUCUUUCUAUCGGUUCACAUUGUGUGCUAUUGUAUUGAGCUACACAGUUUUGCAACUCCCCCACGCACAUUCUGCAGCAAGGUCACUGGUUCUACAAUGGCUGGACUAAUAAACUUCGAGGAUGAGAAGGAAGUGAAACAGUUUUUGGACAAUCUUGGAGUGGAGUACAGCUUUCAAUGCUACAAGGAGAAAGACCCAGAAGGGUGUCAGAGGUUGGCAGAUUAUCUCGAAGGUGUCAAGAAAAACUAUGAGUCUGCAGCGCAGGUGCUGAAGCACAACUGUGACAACAACGGCCAUGGAGAGAGCUGCUACAAAUUAGGGUCAUAUCACGUCACAGGCAAAGGUGGCGUAGCUCAAUGUCUGAAGAUGGCUUACUCCUGCUUCAAGCUCUCCUGCAAAGUUGGAGGAAACAAAUCUAUCGAUGCCUGCCAUAAUGUUGGCCUGCUAUGCCAUGACGGACGCGCCUUGGAAGGAGAACCUGACCUCAAGGCGGCCGAGGAGCACUAUGAGAAGGCCUGUGCUGGUGGAUUUGCUCCAUCCUGCUUCAACCUCAGUGCUUUGUACAUUAAGGGCAAUUCCAAAGGUUUAAAACCAGACAUGAAAGCGGCUCUGCAUUAUGCAAACAGGGCUUGUGACCUUGGACAUGUGUGGGGCUGUGCAAAUGCCAGUCGUAUGUACAAACUUGGAGAUGGCACAGAGAAAGACGAGAAGAAAGCCGAAGAACUAAAGAACAAAGCACAGGAACUGCACGGCCUAUUAAAAGAAAGACAGCUGAAAUUUGGAGAGUGAGAGUGUGACUGUCAUCAUAUUGCUUUGUGUCCAUGUGUGGUGACAUAAAUGAUUGUGAAUAAAUUUACUUUGCGCUUGUUUAAUUAAACAGUCAUGUUUAUUUUGUCAAUAUGUAGUUGAAAUCAUUGUGUUUGUAUUUAAUCUUAGUAAAACAUCCAGGCCAGCAAAGGAUGCUGUGCAGAUAAUAUAAUGUACCACUUAACCCCCCUAGAUUGAACGACAAACCUUGUAAUACUGCACGUAACAUUUGGUGACUGAACUUCAUCUAUUUGACCAAUAAACUGUGGCCAUGUCACCAAUCAUUGUUAUUAUCAAUACAAAAUGCUGAGCUCCAUUUCUUUCUUGGGGUGACUCCGUUUUUUAUGAAAUUGCGCACAAAUGAUUACAUGUAAAAUGCUCCUAUAAUUUACUGGGCUAAAAACAAGCAUUCUUAACCCUAUUAAUUACAAGUGUGUGUGUGUGUGAGAGAGAGAGAUGGAAAAGAAAGCAAAAAAACUGCCUUUUAAUAUAGUUAAACAUGAAAGAUAAAUAUUGAGCGGUGUGAUCACCAGUCUUUUGCCUAUUUAUAUAAAUGUCUACCCCAUUCAAUAGUAUAGUAUAAUAGUAUUCAAUAGUAGAUCAAGUCUUUGUUGGUACAAAUGUUUAACCAACAUUAAUAAAACAAAGAAGAGCUAUUUCAAACAA